AUGAAAGAAGAAGCCGGUUAUUUCAAAGAACCGGAAAAUGAAAUUGAGAAAGCGCGUUUGCAAGAAAGAGCAUUUGCGGAAAUAAGUCAGUGGGAAUAUGUUCGUGGAAGUUUCCAUCAAUGUCGUAAAAAAUCGGGAAAUGGCAUGUUGGAAAACUACAAAACGGAACUGAUAUACUCUCCGAUUAAAAAACCAGCCUACCUUCUUUUUGAUAAUAUCAAUGUUGGCACUGUAUUAACCAUCACUGAUAUCCCGGAUCGGAGAAAUCGCAUCACUGGUAUUAUAACAACAACGUCGAUAACAGAGUAUACAGCUUCGGUGACAGUUGCUGUAUGCUCACUACGUCUUGAAAAAUCGUGUAAGCAACUCGAGCUGAUCAGAGGCUCUAUGUUUUCUCUGCAAGUCGAUGCAAACUUUUCUAAUUGCAACAAAAAGCCAACUACUGCCAAAUUACCAUUUUCUGUGGAGUAUUUCAUUGUGGAAAACGAAUCUGAUUUCAUAGAAACGUUUUCGAACGCUAUGUAUGCAUCACCCGACGGUUCCUUAUAUGAUGCAGAUGGAUUCAUUGCACCCCUAGGGCCAGCAAAGAAGAAAAGAAAAAAUGCACCUAUUGCAGCAAAUGAGCAGCAAAAUGACGUAACAUUUAUAAAACCCCCUUUGAACAUUGAGCCAUUAUCCUCUUCAAUAUUGUUGCCUCCAAUCUUAAACUCUGCUGAUAACAGGGCUCAGGAAAUUGAAAGUAAACCGGAAAAAGAAUGCCAAAAACCGAUUCCCACAUCACAAAGCGCAAAUUACAGCAGUUUUAACAGACACUUAAAUAAGAACUCUACUAAUUCAAAGCCCAAAUCCGUGCAUUCGGAGUCCCGUGAUUCUUCCAAGCAAAGAUCAACUACAACAAACCCGGUGCAGAAGCAAGUGGAUCUCCCCAAACCCAAAGCAGUUGUGCAGACACCACAAUGCAAUUUUCCAAAAUCACGCGUAACAAUGAAAUCAGAAUAUUCCAAAGAUGCAAUCACGAGUGUCAAAAUUCAAGACAUAAAAAUUAGCGAUGAUUUGACAACAAAACAUUCUUCUAGCAAUUCUCCUCAUAAGCUUGCUGAAGCUUCGACUUCAAAAUCUCCAUCUCCGAUUUCAGAGUGCUCCCGCCGGAGCAGCUCUUCUGCGUCUACAUCGAAGAACUUGGUAGUUGAUAAGCAUAACCUUGCUGAGAAUCUAAAAUCGAUAGUUUCUCAAGUUGGAGGAUCUGAAUAUACGAGCCACGUUUCCUUGAACAAAAUGUUUGAGAACAAAAUUGUGGAAAUGUUUCAUGCGACUAUGUUCUCCAUGGAUCAAAUCUACCAAAUCGAAACACUGAAGACAAAACGGGAAGUAUUAACCGAAGAUAUCGAAAAGUGGACCAUAUUGGAAUUUGUUGCGCAUGUGUCAAUGCUUAUUGAAGUCUUUACAUCUGAGGAAAACUUUCUUCAUGUCAUGCAAAAUCAAACCUUCGUUGAAGCCUUGGAAAACUUUUUUGUUGUCAUUAAAAGAAAGAGUGCUGAAAUUGUACAACGCAAGCAGAAAUACAAAUCUCAACUAUCGAGAAAACGCCCGUUUAACAAGGGCUUCAAACAUCGUUCAAAAGAGUUUGGCACGACAUAUAAUUCGAGAUGCAAUGGGAAUGGUGUUAUCUCCAGAAAGUUUUGA